AUGCAGGCCUCAUCCGACGACGAAGGCGUGGACUACCUCUCCGACGACCACAGCUCCUCCGGCUCCGACACCUCGCCCCCCCGUCCCGCCGGCCCGCCCCUACCACAAAACUUCUUCGCCCCUCCCUUCUACGGCCGCCCCCCCGACGCCUCCGACGACGAACACCCGCACUCGCCGCCGCCGAUUGUCCCCUCGGCGGCGCCGCGCGUGCCGACCUAUGAAUACUACGGGUUCGUGCUGUACCUGCUGAGCAGCCUCGCCUUCCUGGUGUACUUGCUGUGGGCGUACCUGCCGUCGCCGUUUCUGCACGGGCUGGGGAUCUACUACUACCCGGACCGGUGGUGGGCGCUGGCGACGCCGGCGUUCCUGGUGAUGGCGCUGUGCUACGUGUACGUGGCGCUGGCGUCGUACAACCGCGAGGUGCUGACGCUGGAGCUGCGGAGGGUGGAGACGGUGGUGGACGACGCGGGGCAGGUGGCGCGCGGGGGGGGGAAGGAGGCGUGGAGUAGGGGGACGGAUGCGGUGCUGGAUAUACCGCUGGCGGGCGUGUGCGAGGUGCUGUACGGGGAGGGGAGGGAGGGGGAGGAGGAUGAGGAUGAUCUGUGGACGACGACGAUAUGA